GUUACUCAACAGAACACUAUAGAAAACAACACAAUUUUUGAAACUUGUAAACAAAUUGUUUGAUCAAAGAUGUCAUCAAUGUUCAGAUUUCCUUCUUCAAUGUUUUCUCUCUAUUCAUCUUCUUCCUUUAAGUCAUCACUUUUCCCUUCUAAUUCUUCUGUUUUCCGUUUUGAGAAUUCCAAGAAUUCCUUAUCUUUGAAUGCUGUUUACCCUUUCUGGAACUCUAAUUUUGCCAUGGAAAAUCAGAGUUUCUCAGUGCUAUCUGCUUCUAAAACCCAAGAUGGAGCUGCAGCUAAAGAUUUUUCUUUUCAGGGAAGUGAAUCAUUCUUUAGGAGUGUAUUGGCGAGCAUGGAAGCGGUUUAUCUGAACAAAAAUCCCACUGCUAAGGCCAUUUUGGAGCUAGUUCGCUCUGCUGAUGGUGAUCGAAUUUGCUAUGAUCACUUUGCAUUUAGGACAUUUGGGGUUAAUGGCCAUGGCAUUGAUUCUAUGUCAAAGUUCUUCUUGGAUUUUGGUUACGAACAACGAGAAGAGUUGAGAUUCCCUGCUAAGAAGUUGAAAGCUUUCUGGUUUUCUCCUCCUAAUGUUCAAACUUCCAAUCGGGGCAGUGGGGUUGAUGGGCCAUUGCCAAGAAUAUUUAUAUCGGAACUUCUUGUUGAUCAGCUGAGUCCAGAAGCUCAGGAUAUAAUUAAAAAAUACACUGACAUCUCUCGGUGCGGAAAAGAGUAUGCAGCACUUGCGAGUGCAUUUGGGGUUUUGACAUGGGAAAGACCCUCAUACUCCGAAUUUCAACAACUGGCUAGGGAGAGUGAGUACGCUGCCUGGACCCUUGUCAAUGGAUAUGCAUUGAAUCAUGUCACCAUAUCUACCCAUCGGUUGACAUCAAAUCUGAGAAGCAUCGGAAAUCUGAAUCAAUUCAUUGAGAAAACUGGUUUUAACUUGAACUCUGAAGGGGGUGUUCUAAAGGUGAGCCCUGAUGGUCUUCUGUUGCAAAGUUCGACUGUAGCAGAUUCUACCUCUUUCCAAUUUUCAGACGGCAUUACAGAAGCAGUCCCAUGUUCAUACAUCGAAUUUGCUGAGCGACUUGUACUGCCCCAAUAUAAGGAUUUACCAGCAGAAGAGGUUGAGGAGUUUCAUAGACGGGACGGGUUUGAGGUUGGAAAUGCUGACAAGAUAUUUGAAAGUACAUCGAAGGAUCAGUUAACCCGUCGUGCUGCAUGAGGAAGAGUGCUAAGCAGUUGAACAUUUUGACUGUAUGAGCUAAUUCUCGGCAUGUUCAGCUGCUGGAAGAUGAUAUUGUAGCUCUGAAGUGUGUAAUCUGAUCUUCUGUAUCUAUUUAAAAGAAUAAAAUUGCUGUACAGUAAAAGUGCAAUACAUGAUUUUCAGUCAUCUCCAUUUUUACCAUCUGAUAUUUCCUUUGA